GAAGUGGAGGUUCACCGCGGGGAGCUGCGCGUCACUGACCGGCGGGCUGCUUCACUUUGUGGGGGCUGUUUCUCUGUGCGUGCCGGUUGCUCCCGGUGCUCAUGGUUACUCGCCGCUGAAGGAACAGGGAGUGAGUCGGUGUUUCGGUGCAGAAUGGUUUUAAGGAAAAGGCUAAAACGGAGCCUCAGUGAAGGUGCUGCCGGAGCCUGGUAGCCCACAUGAAAGUUAGCUUGUAACGUUAGCGCAUGCUAGGCCUCGGCUCGUCAGUCUUGUUCUUUGAUUUGUGAACCAGAGCUGCUGCUGCCGCUGCUCUGAGCUUUUGUUCGCGGGGGUUUGUCUCCCUGUGUUUCAUCAGGCAGUGAAAUGAAGAGAGUGAACAGCUUUCAGAGGUUCAUGAACAGACGGGCCUCUGCUAACUGCCGCUACCAGCCAACCUGUUAUGAGCAUGCUGCGAACUGCUACACUCAUGCAUUCCUCAUCAUGCCGGCCUUUGUGGGCAUGGCGUUGCUGUACCGUCAGUCGGACAACCGCUGGGAGAGGAUCACCGCCUGGGUGUACGGAAUGGGCCUCUGCGCACUCUUCCUGGUCUCUACUGUGUUUCACAUCAUCACCUGGAAGAAGAGCCACAUGAGGUCCAUGGAACAGUGUUUCCAUAUGUGUGACAGAGUGGUCAUCUAUUUCUUCAUUGCUGCCUCCUACACACCUUGGUUAAACCUGCGGGAACUCGGUCCUAUGGCGGCUCACAUGCGCUGGUUUGUGUGGUUAAUGGCUGCUGCUGGAACCAUCUACGUCUUCAACUAUCAUGAAAAGUAUAAACUUGUUGAGCUGGCCUUCUAUCUGACGAUGGGCUUUUUUCCUGCAUUGGUCGUGACGUCAAUGAGCAACACUGAGGGGCUCCAUGAACUUGCCUGCGGAGGACUCAUCUACUGCCUCGGCGUGUUCUUCUUCAAAAGUGACGGCGUCAUUCCCUUCGCCCACGCCAUCUGGCACGUGUUCGUGGCGCUGGCUGCUGCCGUGCACUACUAUGCCAUCUGGAAAUACCUCUACAAGGCUCCCAGUGUCGACGCCCUCCUCGACUCGUGACCACGGCGAGAGCCCGUCAUCCCAAGCUGCAGAGCUUGCACACGACUCCUCAACUGCCCACAGAAGCGGCAGCGACAGCUUAAAAAGUUUACGAACAAACUGACAGUGAAUUGUUUACUGUUUUCUAACAUGGAGAACAGAUUUUGUCAGCGUCUCCUUUACGAACAAAAGCUACUUUAAAAGCUGUUUUGUACCUCAAUGUAGUCAGCGAGGGAGGGGAUUUCUACUUUUUACUCUUAGUGUAAAUCAUGGCACAUUUAUGAGUAUUUGAGAUAAUUGAUGGUCGUCUUUUGUAACACUUGAUGAACGUCACAUUCCACAUCCACAUAUGGGUCGAAAACUGGAGAUUUCCUAAUUUUAGUUGCUGGUUUAAACACUGGGGAUUUGAGGUGCUAAGAAUCCUGGCUGGGUCUCAAAACAACCACAAAUUACUAAAAUAAUACUUUGUUUUGAUGCUUUACUUUUGAAAAGAAGGAACAUUUUUCUUUCAUUUAACAAGCAAAGACAAAGCUGUAUCCAAACACAAGCAGCUGUAAAAGAACUGACGUUUGCAAAAGAGAAUAGUUUAAAACUGGCAAAAUUUAAUUUAAUCAAAAAUACUAAAAUAUAAUUUUUCAACACUUGCCCCCUAAAACCACAUGUUCCUUAGUUGUGUACCAAGGAAUGUGCAGCGGUCAUUUGUUUCUCAUUUUCUGAAUUUUUUUUAAUCGUAUAUUAAUAAUUUUUUAUUCAUUUUUCAGUCCAUCUGAUGCACAUACACACCCAUAUGACUGAUGCUUCAUCUCUGACUUGUAGUCCUCAGUUUUCAGGGAACAGUCAAUCCUGGUAGUAUUUAGCGCCCCCUGGCGAUGGAGUGGGGUCAGAUGCAGCAUUUCAGGACGUGCAAAGGUGAAACCUUGUGGUUAGGUGGGACUUUUGUUACUGAGCCAAUUGAGAGAAAAAUAAUCUGUUCAGUUUGAUAAACAACAAAAGUUCCACUGUGUUUUUAAUGUGAACAGCGUGCUGUAGAGAGAGUGUGUGCAUGUGUGCGUGCACGACCUUUGUACUGUAGUCCAGUGUUACAUUUCUACUGAUUCUCUCCUUGAUUUGCAUCACAUGACAAAAGGUGUUUUAUUCUGAAGAGGACAAACCUCAUUCUCUUGUUUUGUAAAUUCACUAAACGGCUCCUGAUUAAACCAUCGUUCUGUUGCUUUCCUGCUAGUGGAGCCGAAUGAUUAUUUUCUUUUGUUUUGUUAUUGUGGCCCUUGUAAUGAUUUCCUUAAACCACUGUGUUUUGUAAUGUUUGUAUAUUCUGAUUUGUUGUGAGAACCUGAUCCUGGCCUUUGCAGGGCAAAGAAACAAACUGCUUCUUGUCUGUUCCAGUGGCUGUUAAUGGUGCUGAAUAAUGAUCACGAAUGCUCCUCUGCUGUAUCACCUUUCUAAUGUGACAAUAAAAAUCUUACUGCCCCACG